AGUUGGCAGGGCAAGUGUGUGGCUGGUCACAGGAAUUCCUAGCUGUUUUUCCCCUUGGGUUUUAGAAUCCUACAUGGCUGCUGAUGGGAAUGCUCUUGUUCCCUUGCGUCAGAAGACCAAACAGAAAAGUCAAGGGAUUGUUAUUAUGAGUCGACGAAGGAUAUCGUGCAAGGACCUGGGACUAGUUGAUUACCAGGGGUGGCUCUACAAGAAAAAGGAAAAAGGACCUUUCAUUGGCAACAAAUGGAAAAAGUUCUGGUUCGUGCUGAAGGGGUCAUCGUUAUACUGGUACAGCAGCCAACUGGCAGAGAAAGCUGAAGGAUUCAUCAACCUGCCAGACUUCACUGUGGACCGAGCGAGUGAAUGCAAGAAAAAGUAUGCUAUUAAGGUCAACCACCCACAGAUCAAGACAUUUUAUUUUGCAGCAGAGAAUGUGGAGGAAAUGAAUAGGUGGCUAAAUAAACUGGGGCUAGCUGUAAUUCCUCAGGCAUCCAAUGGAAAGAAUGAAGAAGAAUGCUAUAGUGAGAGUGAACAUGAAGAUCCAGAAAUAGCAGGAGAGACUCCACCCCCUCCCUACACAGAACAGCCACCUCCUCCUCAUUUGGCUCAACAGCAGUCCUUAUUGAUCUCGCCACUAUCAAGUGAAGCAUCCUGUUCUCUCUCCUCCCUGGAAAGCACCAUGAAGUCACAAGAUUCCUCAUCUUCCUUGCUAGCCAAAAUGGCUCCUCCAGAGAGACAGUCUUGGCUUGACAUAGUUAACACGGAAGAGGUUGAUCAGCCUUUAUCCUUCUGUGUCCAGAUUCAUGCUGAUGAUCAUCCAAUGGCAGACUGUAGUGAAAUGGCAGAAAGUCGGCUUCUCAAAUCUAAUAAUGGAUCUCAGAACUCUUUAUUAAGUGAAAACACAACUUCAUCAGACAGCAGCAGGGAUCGCCUAACUGUGCCAGAAGAUUUGAUAGGAACAAAGACACUAUCCAAAGAACAGGCAAAAUGCUCCGAAGAUGAAAUGGAGCGACUUUACAAGUCAUUAGAACAAGCAAGUUUGUCUCCCAUCGGGGACCGUCGACCUUCAACCAAAAAAGAGCUCAGAAAGUCCUUCGCCAAACGGAGCAAAAACCCCUCCAUGAAUGAGAAACUCCACCAAAUCCGAAUGCUGAAUAGCACAUUAAAGUGUAAAGAGCAUGACCUGGCCAUGAUUAACCAAUUGCUGGAGGAUCCUGAGCUGACAGCAAGGAAGUAUAGAGAAUGGAAGAAUAUAAACACAAUGUUGAUCCAGGAGAUCUAUCAGCAGCAGGAUGCCCUGGCUGUGCCGGAAGGGAAUAGCAAGGAGCCAUAGAUGAAUCCACCACCUUUCUUUAAUUGAAAACGCUAUCUGAGGACAGUGGAACCUGCAGUAUGUGACAGGAUUCCUCCCUGUCCCUCUUUACCUACAGAUGCUUUAAGCUACUACAGUUUCAGGUUUUGUUUUUUCCAAGUGCUUAUCUCUUCCCUUUUAAAAGGAAAACAACCCAUUCACCAAAGCAUUAUUUCCUCUCUCCAAACUCAUUUCAUGCCAAUAAAAUGGAACCCAAAAAUUAAAAAAAUAUGCCCCCUCUUUGUACAUGUCUGAAGCAAACAUUAUCUGAAGCAGAGAGGAAAUGGAUUGACAUCCAAGAAUGGCUGAUCUUUUGUCAGAGGUAAACCGAGCACACAAAGACCUGAAAGUCACAGAGGAAUGUACAUAUUGUAGAUACUAGACCUUCAGGGUCAUUUUAUUCAUGUAACCUAUUGAUGGAAGGAACUUCUUAAAAGCUAUGAUAAUGCUAACAGGAUACAAUCCUCUCUCCUACCACUUGUCUCUUCAAGAUAACUACAAAUAAGAACUUUUAUCUGUACUUACACUUGUUUUGACUGCAUUACCAUUUAAAUGGUGGCAACUCGGAUAAUUAUUAUGCAUAAAUCUGAAUUUUAAAUAAUUUUCAAGGCACCCAGUCAAUGGACACAAUAAACAUUUCCUAAUUGUGUAUGGACAAGAUCAAGAUGCUGUUUUUCUACAUCAUCUGGAGAGGGUCCCUUAAUGUGUGUUGGUGACAAAUAAAUUUCUUCUGCAAUGCGGAAACUCUGUCUCAUCAAGUUUCAACUUUUCUUAUGGAAUGUAGGACUCAGUAAAGGACAAUUUUCUGCUUACAUAUUUUUGACAGUAGUGAAUACGUAACGUACAAGUUUAUCUUGAAUUCAUAGUCAUAAUAAUAGACCUUAUAUAGCACUUUUAAUCAGUAGAACACAAAAUGCUUUACAAAUGAGGUCAUUAUAUUAUCCCCAUUUUACAGAUGGAGAAACUGAGGCACAGGAUGACAGUGACUUGCCUGAUGACACUCAGCAGGCAGUGGUGGAGCUGGACAGAUCCAAACAUAUAAAACAUAGUUGCUUAUAUAUAUUUUUAAUAUGUGUCACUUUAUGGCUUACGUGAAUGUGUGACCAUGUACUGUAUAUAUUUUUAUUUAUAUAUUUAUGAACUGUACAUUUCCUACUGUAAAAAGGACCACAUGUUAUAGAUGAGAUUGUUUAUCUGUUGAUUUCAAGAGAAAUGCCUGCUCAGUCUUCA